GCAAAAGAUGUGUGUGAUUAACAGAACAACAAACAAGAAUUUAACAGAGGCAUAUUCAGUUCCUCUAGGAGUGAUCUUGGGAGGCAUCUCAUUGACCACAGUUGUCAUGAAUAUUUUGGUCCUAUAUGCAGUGAAAAUGGAAAAGAAACUUCACACUGUCGGCAAUCUUUACAUCGUGAGCCUGUCCUGUGCAGACCUUGUUGUUGGUGCAGCCGUCAUGCCACUGAACAUUUUAUAUCUUUUGAAGAAUGAGUGGCUGUUAGGUAGACAAGCUUGCCUGUUUUGGCUGUCAAUGGAUUAUGUGGCCAGCACAGCUUCCAUAUUCAGCCUCCUCAUACUCUGCAUAGAUCGUUACCGUUCUGUCCAGCAGCCACUAAAAUAUCUCAAGUACCGGACAAAAACUAGAGCAUCUAUCAUGAUUUCCGGAGCUUGGCUGCUCUCUUUUAUGUGGGUAGUCCCAAUUUUUGGCUGGCGCAACUUUACUCGUGAUAACAGGAUAGGUGACGGGGAUAAAGUAUGUGAAACAGAUUUCUGCAGAGUCACCUGGUUUAAGGUCUUGACAGCUAUAGCCAACUUCUACAUUCCAUCACUGAUGAUGUUGUUUUUCUAUGCAAAAAUAUACACAGCUGUCCAGAGGCAUUAUCAGCACAGGGAGCUCAUUAAUGGAUCGUUUAGAUCUGCCUCAGAAAAAACAAUUCCACCCAAUUGUAAGCUGCGAGAAAUACAAGAGAUGUGUUCACUAAGUGAAAGUAAAAAUAUAGGAUUUUACUGUCAUGAACAUGACAGUCAGAAUGACAGAAUGGAAGCCCAACCUCCACCAGGAAGCUUUAUUGAGGAAUCACAAGUAUUUCAUAAAGGAAGUGCUCAUGCAGGAGGAAGGCACAGCUGCUUUCCUCUAACUAUUGCACAAAAUGACAUUGUGGUGGGCAAUAUUGAUAGGAAGUACACCUGUGCCAAUGAAAGCAUUCAGAAUAUGGAGAAGCCUUGCCCCCAAGAAUAUGAAAUAAGCAAAACAUUAUACGACCAUACCUUUGCAGAGAGACCUUCUUGUAGACAACAUUCAGAUCCUACUCUGGAGCAAAAUUUUCAUAUCAAGAGGCACUUUCCUCAGCAUAAAAACAGCAAAGACAGCACAAGCCUUCAUUCUUUGAAAAAGACGUGGAGGCGGCUGCGUGCUCACUCUCUGAACCAUAACCAAGGGCUGCGUGUGAACAGAGAAAGAAAGGCAGCUAAACAGCUAGGCUGUAUAAUGGCGGCCUUUAUGCUGUGCUGGAUUCCAUACUUUGUAUUAUUUAUGGUCAUGGCAUAUUGUGAAGAAUAUUACAAUUAUCACGUUCAUAUGUUUACCAUCUGGCUUGGCUAUGUGAAUUCUACAUUAAAUCCAUUUAUAUACCCGCUUUGUAAUGAAAACUUCAAGAAAACUUUCAAAAAGAUUCUUCAUAUUAAAAGCUAA